GCCAUUGAUUACGUAGCGUAUGUCGGACAGAAAAACGUAGAAUUUAUCGUAUCGUGUUUCGUAUCGUAUCGUCGCGGUUUGAAGUUUAUUUACAAAUAAAUUUAUAAAGAAAUUAUUUGUUUAUUUAUGUCUCCGAUGCGACACAUGGCUUACGUGAGUGAGUGAGUGAAUGAAUAAAUUAAUAAUCUGGUUUACGAAAAUUUUAAUUAAAUAUAUCGAACAAUAUUUAUACCUAUAACGACAAUAACGAGUUGAAAAAUCGAGUGCGUCGUCGUGGUCGGGUCCCUUCUUCGUCGCCAGCAGCGUCGUUCCAGUUGACAGAAAACACAGAAGUCGAAUCUUGACUGAUAACCUAUAUUAUUCCCUAUCUUACCCAUACCAUACCCAUUGCUUACCCAGGGAAAAACACGAACGCUAGCGCCCUCUUGUCUUAUCUUAAUUCGAACGUAGUUGACUGUCGCGUCUGUGGCGUUUUGUUGUAUCGACUGUCACAUUGUUUUGAUACAACUUUUUUUUUUAUUUGUAAAUAAUAAUAAUUUUUAUAAAAGAAUAAAAAAAGCGUGUGUUGCGCUGAACUAAAUUACGCUAUUUACCUAAUCUUGUGUGUGUCUCUCUAUGGAUUCUGGUUAAAGGUAUAUUGAGAUCAUUUUUAUACCUUCGUAUCGUUGUCGUCUCGUCUUGUCUCGUCGGGGCUAAUGGGCUUCACCUACAUUCAAUGGUAAUUAGAUUGUGUGUCUGGUCUGGUCUGUCGGUCGGUCGGGUCGAAUGACCAAAGACUCUGUGCAUAAUAGAGCACAAUAAUAUAAUUUGCCGAGCCCCAUUUGAAUUCAAUUACCCUCCUCUACAUACAACUAUAUACCCAUUUCCCAAACGCGACCAGCUACAGUGACAACGGCACUCAGUGAAAAGUGCGCAUUUUACUACAUUAUUUCCAGUACAAGCAACAACAACGUCUCACUCCUAUUUUAAACUCCCCAACUCGACAUCGGCACACAUCUGGUUGACAGUUCUAAUUCGUUAACUUCAGUUGAUUUUGUUUCGUCGUUUAUAGUUUUUUCUUGUAAUUUAUAUGAAAUUGCCUGGAAACACACAUGUUUGUAAUAUUGUUAACAUGUGCUUUGAGUAUAUAAUGUAAUAUUCUGUAUGUACUUUAGUAAUUUUUGUUUUUACUAUUUGGCCGCGCAUAUUCAAAGCCCGUAACGAGCCGUGACGUUUUCAAAUUAACGGUCACACACAAAAAUAAAAAAGGGCGAGUUAUUUUCUUUAAGCUCCAUACACAAGUUUAGUGCGGGGGAAGUUUAUUAUUUGAUCGAGAAUAAAACAUUCGUUCCGGAUUAUUUGAAAACAACGAAUGAGCGAGUUAUUUUUAAAACUACACAUAUCAAACCUAGUGUAAUCCAUCCCUCAAAAAAAGUGUCUUUUAUUCUUUUAAUUAAUCGAAAAAAUCAUAUAAAUUAUUAAUAAUAUAUUGUUAUUUCAUGCGUUUAUCAGUGUUUUUGUGUGUGUCAAUUUAAUUGUGUGAUUAAAAAAUUAUUAUCAAGCUAAAGAAAAGAAAAAAAAGAGAAGAAAAUCUUAAAAUAAAUUAAAAAAGUGUGGUUUUAUUUUUAUUCAGAUCCCUUGUUUUUUUCGAUUAUUAUUAUUAACUGAUGCUGCCUUGAGAAAACGACGCCAAAGGUGGAUUUACUUGGCGCUUAUUUGAAUAUACGUCAUAGAGUGGAUAACAUCGGCUUCAUUCUCUAAGUGGAUUUAUUACCAACCAUCACACAGAUAUCUAAAUGAGUUCCAUCAGUGAAUCACCCCGAAUGUAAAAGAAUAAUUCUCCAUGGAUACACCAGGAUGCCUAUAUCGAAUGAGGUAGCCCCCGUAGAAGAAUGUUCAACAACGAACGACAGCAGCAACAAUAACCACCAGAAGCAGCAACAAGCAUCAGUAUCAGCAUCACCAUUGGCCGAUUUCACGAACAUCGAAAAAUAUGAUGACCACCAUCAGCCAUACUGCCCUAGAGCCCAACAUGUGUCCCCACAUCAGAACAAUGAAUCGAAAUUGAGAAAUCGAGGUGCAAUGUCAAGCCUAGUUGACUCUAAUCAAAAGCAACAAACACUUAAUUGCAGCAAGGAUCCGCUGCAAACAACCGGAAACUGCAGCGAUCAUCCAAUGGGAACAUCAUCAGCACAAGCAAACAACCAAAGCAGUGUGACAUCGAAGACGGCGGCUGCGGUGCCGAUCGGUUUGAAAACAAUCGAAAAUAACGCUAACACUAGUUUUGACAGUGUUAGCGGCACCAUUCAGCAAUCGAAUGACAGUAGUGAAGCCCAUCAGCAGCAACAGCAACAGCUUCCAGAAAUCCAAAGACUUAGCAAUAACAUUUCAAAUAACAAUAAAAUUGUGAGAAACAUAAAUGGCGGCGGCCGCCUAAAUGGCUGUUGUUGUCCGCUACGCCGGAGUCCGCCAUCAUCGUUGUCUAAGAUGACAACUGCAACGACAUCGACAACUACAACACCAACAACGAUGACGACAAAGACUGCUACGACAACAGCAGCAACGGCGGCCAAGGAAUGCGUGGAUGAUGAUCAAGCGGAUAAUUAUUGCCAGCGAUCAAAAAAUAAUAACAACAAUAUAAAAAUGACAAUUACGUUGACAACGACGGCUCGCAAGAGAAACGAUAGUGGGCCGCAGACUACAACUACGACGACGACGACAACAACGCUGCCGUCAUCGUCGGUGACAACGGCUGGCGCACCAACUGUACAUAGUCUAGGAGCACCAAUAACAACACUGACAUCAGCACUGACAACAGCGACCACCACCAGUGCAACAGAAUCGGCAUCAACAGCGCCAGCGUCAGUGACGACAACAUCAACGACAGCAGCAUAUAAUACACCAACGACAACGACAACGUCAAAAACGACGACAAUGGCGAUAGCACCAUCAGCAAAGUCUGCGUUGUCCCCAAACUCGACGAUAAAGUCAGCCCAAAGAAUAAUGAUCGGAUGCGGUUCUAAUGACAAUUCGAAUGAAAGCGACGACGCCAAUCGUUUGGAAUGCAAAAUUAAUGCAACAACAACAACAACAACAACAACAAAAUCAGCAACUGCAACAACGCAACAAGAAUUACCGAAGAACCAAUGUAACGAUUCAACUGACAAGGACAGCAAUGUAGAAUCUAAUAGAAAAUGUAAUGACGAGUGCAAUAAUGAUAAGACCAUGACAAGCAGUGCAAUUAAUACACCAUCAAUGCAAUCACCAUCAUUGUCCUCAACACCAUUUCCUUCGUCUUCAUCGUCGUUGUUGUGCUCAUCAACAACCUCAACACCUCUUGCAACAGCAACAUCAGCAAAAACCAAAGCAACAACAAAAACAUCACAAGUAAAAGAAAAAGCAACAUCGCAGCAACCAACCACAGCAGCAACAAAAACAAAAACAACAACUACAACAUCACCAUCAUCGUCAUCAUCAUCAUCUAAAGGACAUGAAGUAUUAACCAGGCUUGGUGAUAAAUUUGGAUUUCAAGCGACAGCUUCUGGCGGCAGUGGCAGUGGCAGCCUCAGCGGUAGUAGUGGAGGAUUUAUUGGCAACGCCAUCACCAGUUCAAAUAGUACUACGAGUAGUAGCAGUAGCUGCUAUUCUUCGUCCAAGCCAACCAUAGUGGCGGCGACACCGAGAAUAGGCUCGGUAUCGAUAGCUGUUUGUAAUGGAGCAAUCGUCAAUCGUGAUACUUUAACCAAUAUGACCCGAAAUAUGAACCUCAGCGCCAAGGAUCGAAUGUGUCUAUCACAGGAAAAAGAUUCGAUGGAAAAAUGUGAUAAGAAUUCUUCCUCAUACUUCCCAUCUUCGUUUCCGCCUUCGUCGUCGUCGUCAUCCUCGUCUACAUCGUCUUCGACUUCGACGUUGUCAGUAGCGUCUAGCACUACCAAUGACAAAAAUAAGCUGAAUUUUAUUACACUGGACGAAUUGAAUGACUCAGAGGAAGAUCCCUAUAACGUGUUGCAGGAGUAUUUGGAACGUGUGAAGACUGAAAUCAACGAGGUCUUCGAGCAGUACAAACAGUCCAAGCAGCCGCAGAAUGACAUAUCGACCAGAUGUACGGAUGCAGAUAUCGCCGAGGCAGCCAAGGCAGCCGAUGUCGUCAACCAGAUGGUGGCUGACAACAAAUUGCCAUCCAAUGAAAUGUCAUGUCGUCUAAAUGGUACCACCACCGACAGCGACAGGAACAACUGCAACAGCAUUAGCAGCAAUAUGAAAGUGAAUGAAUCCAGUAGUAGCAGUUGUUGCGACACAAAUGGCUUCUCCAGCUCAUCUAACAGCGGCCGCUACUUAACAGUGCCAGUUGUUCCUUCCGAGUACCAUCAGACAUCGUCGUCAUCGUCAUCGUCUUCUUCAGCUCCUGCAACACCAUCUCCAUCAGCCAUAAUGUCAACAAACACGUUUCCUAGUCUAAAUCAUGGCAAUGACCAAACUGAGGCAACUCCAAGCAGCACCGCUAACAGUCGCGCGUCCACACUCAAGCGAUUGAACAGUCAGAACGCUCCCAGUAGUUGUUCGCCGGCCGAGUAUCUACAGCAGAGCCAUGAUCCCAGUGAUGACGUUAACAUAUGGGCUAACAAAUUCCUGCGGGAUUUGGACAACUUAAUGGGAUCAGAUAAAUGGUCUGCCGUUGCCGCCGAGUCCGCUGCCUCCAGUUCGUCCAUCGGCAAUGGUGGUUCUUCCGUCGUCACCACCGCCACCAGUGCUCUGCUGCCCUCCAUGAAGAUCAGUAUUCCAAGACCCGAGAAACAUGUAACCAUUCCAUUACAAUCAUUUAACCUUGAUUGUCGUCCUCUUGAUGUAUCAGUGAAUGCCGCCGCCACUGCGAAGCUUUUAAAUCCCAGCGGUAUUUACUUGAGAACAUUGUCCGCACCCAAUGCUAAUGACAGUAAUCAUAGCCCAGUCAGUACCAAUAACAACCACAACAACUGUCGCCUCCUGCCAAAGAAUACCCCUGGGAGUAGGACAGUGUUGAAAAUUGAAGAAACUGACGCCAUGGCCGCCGAGGAAAGACGCCGUAGAAAAUUUGAAAGCGACAUGGAAACAAUGCAAUCUGCAACCGCUACGCCACCGGCUUCAAACCAAAGCCAAGUAGUGGCAUCACCUGCCACAUCUUCAGCUACCGUGAUACAGCAGCAGCACCAGCCAAAACGGGAGCGAGUCACAUUAGCGCCCAAUAGCAACGGUGGCGGCUACCAAUUGCAACAUCACAGCAACAGCAACAACCAAAACAACAACAACAGCAAUAACAACGAUGCCACCAAAAAAGGAUCUACAUCGACAAUCUGGACAUCAGAAGAAUCGAUUCUGAGGAGUGUUGGCGCCGCCGAUGAAGACAACAACUCCACUUCGUCGUCGGCAUGCGAGGAGGCGUCCGGAGUUCUGAGCUCUGGCAAGUCUGGCCUUUCUCUAGACUCCUCCGGGCUGGACAAUGACAACAACGAAAGCGGCAUUGGCACAGCGACGCCACCAAAAGAUUCUGGAUUCUGGAAGAACACAACAGACAAUGAUUCGAUGACAAGCAGCCUGGAUGCCUUGAGGAAGAUCAAAUUCCAGAAGGGCAGCUCGGUGGCCUCAUCAGAUGAUCCUGAUUUAUUGGAAGUGCUCAGUCUCUACGAUGAGACGCACGACGAUGAUGCAGAUGACAUUGGCAUCCACCACGACCACGAGCACGACCAUGAGAAUGAAGAGUUCGAGACGGGCACUUUCGACGGAUAUGACAGUGGCAGUGGCAAAGGGGUGGUCCUCCGACGAAGGAAAUCAAAUUUGCAAAUAAACGACAGUCACGGGGGCAGCAAGGAUUCCGCCAUUCAUUUGCUGCCAUAUUUGCCGCCACCACCACCGCGUGCACCCAAAAGUCGUAGUCACUCGUUGGAGGUGGCAUCGCCUCUGCCCAUGCCAAUGCCACUACGACACGAGCUGAAGGCCAAAGACUACCGGGAUAAGGGAAGACUGUGUCUGGCCUUGCGGCAGGAACCAUUUCAGAGUAUCAUACCGUCGAAUUUCCAUGAGUUGCCGUCGCCCAGCAGUGCCUCAUUGCACAGCGGUCACGAGAGCCUCGGCAUGCAGGAGUUGACGACAAAGUCGAAUUCUGCACCACUGCUUCUGAAGAAGGAGCGAAAACGUGACGAUUUUGGCGGACAAAAGCAGACGCUGAGAUACUCCCGAUCGCAGAGUGAUAGAUAUUUAGCAGAAAUCGAAGCCGUUGAAGCUUGUAAAUGGCUCCGUGCCGCUGGUUUCCCACAGUAUGCCCAGAUGUAUGAAGAUCAUCAAUUUCCUAUCGAUUUGACGAAUGUUGCCAAAGAUCAUACAAAUUUGGAGAAUGAUCCAUUGCAAUCGCUCUAUCGGCGUCUAUGCAUAUUAAAUCGGUGUGCCAAUAUGAGAUUGGACAAUAAUCAUAAGUCACAUACUCCACAGAAAGAAGAUUCAGAUGAUGAAAACUGUGCUCUAAGUGAAAAUUGGACAUUCCAGCCACACAUCCGACGUUGGUCACGCAUCGGUGAAAUGGGUCUCGAACUACCCACCAAACUUACAUCACAAGACAAAAACGAAAGCUCCUCUAAGGAAUCAAGUCCCGAUCGUUUCGAGGAUGACGAUACCUAUGACAUUGCUGGUGAAACUCUAAAUCUCUCUAUGCCAAAUGAGAACGAACAAGCAGACGGAACGGCACCAAAUGAUUCCGAUUCUUCGGCGGUUCGUCUACGGCGCACUGGUAGUGAGCGUUUAAAAGAUGGUGCAAAGGCAUUCCUUCGGCGUGUAGAGUCAAUAAAAUCACGUCGAAGGAAACGUCAGAAUCGGGAAGGUAUUGUCAUAAGUGGCCCACAGGCAUUGGAUCUGUCCCAGUUGGGUCAGAGAGUCGUCCGGAAACCCGAUGCAGUCUAUUCGACACCACCCUCGCCCUCGGCAGUCAGUCCAAUGCACAUGUACCCGAAAAGUCCACUGUUCCAUCACCAUCAUCAUCAUCUAAAUCAGCAUGAUUUGAAGGUACCAUCACAGAGUGAGAACUUCCUCAGUCCUAAUCGGAUAGCCAGUCCUAAGAGAACACCCACGACACCGCGAUCAAUGCGAACCAGUCCAUUGCACUUUUUCGGUGCUCCGCCCAUGCCUCAUCUGAGGGAGGGUAAAUCCGAUGAUUCAUCGUCAUACUACAGUGAUAGUCAGGAAUCCUCGUCGACAGGGGGAGGUAAGCUAACUCUAUCCCUGCGAAAAGCUCCAUCAAAGUCGAGGAGGUUCCUUCAGCGCACCGGUAAGGUCGAUGACAUUGGUACACAUUCCGAUUCUGAAUGCCAUCAAGGCAGGAAGUUCGUUUUCAAGGAUUCCAAUUCAAACACUACAGAGAUGAAAGUGAAAAAGCUCACUCGUGGCGGAUCAUUGAAUCUUGGUAAGGACUCUAAGAAGCGCGAUGGCUUCAGAUCAGCGAGUUUUCGAACUCGUUCAACAGUGCGCAAAGACCAUAAGACUUCGGAGAGUGAUACUGAAAAUGUUAAAAUUGUCAGUAAAAGUCCAGUUGUCCGAUGGCAUAGUUUCCAAGAAGAAGAACGUCCUCAUAUGAUCUUCAAAAAGUGCUUCACCCGCAAAGUUGAAACCGAGAAGACCGAAGGAACUUCAUUUGCAGCAAUGUCUUGUGGCCAGUUGCAGAUCAUUCGAAAGCUGGCUUUGGCUAUCCUAACUGGCUAUAUGGAGCGGUAUUGUCCAACACAUCGUUCGGGAUGGAAUUGGGAGCUGCCAAAGUUCAUUAAGAAGAUCAAAAUGCCAGACUAUAAGGACAAAAAGGUUUUCGGAGUGCCACUCCUCCUUACUCUCCAGAGAACGGGACAAACACUGCCGAUGCCAGUUAGAGCUGCUUUUCGGUGGCUCCAACUUAAUGCUCUCGAUCAGAUUGGUUUAUUCCGAAAGUCCGGAGUCAAGUCAAGGAUAUUCAAACUAAAGGAACGCGUAGAGGUGGCAGAAACUUCUGCUGAGUGCAUGGAUGUCUUUGACACCCAGCAAGCCUAUGACGUGGCCGAUAUGGUAAAACAGUAUUUCAGGGAUCUCCCAGAGUCCCUGCUGACAACAAAGAUGUCAGAAACAUUUGCUGCGAUAUUUCAACAUCUCCCACUCGAUGUUCGCCUUGAUGCGGUGCAAUGUGCUGUGCUCCUACUGCCCGAUGAGAACCGUGAGAUUCUCUAUGCUCUUUUAGAGUUCCUCACACUGGUGGCUGAUAACUCUCAAUAUAACCAAAUGACAGCCAAUAAUCUAGCUGUGUGUCUAGCACCAUCUUUGUUCCAUAAUAGUCUCUCCAUGGGCAGCACAUCAGUGGCAGCUUCUCCAAGACGGAAAAAGAACGCUGGAAUUCCAGACGCAAAAGAACUCUCUGAAGCUAAAGCAUCACAUGAGUGCCUGUCGUUUAUGAUUGACAACUAUAGGCAAAUCUUCACAGCUUCCCGAGAGCGUAUUUCAAAGUGUAAUUUUGGAUACAUGGAAGAGUCCAAGCCAGUUCCACUAGAAGCUCUAGGUGAGGGUAUGCAGUUCCACAAUUGGCGAGGAUAUUUGUACGAAUGUGCAAAUGCCACAAUCAAGGAAGGCAGAGAAAAGUCCCGAGGAUGGUUCAGUACAGGAUCUUUGGAUCCAAAUGUUGAUAUUGCUUAUAAGAAGGUUGGCGAUGGACAUCCACUGCGCUUGUGGCGAUGUACCACCGAAGUGGAAGGUCCACCACGAGAGGUGCUGGAAUAUGUCCUCAAGCAAAGGGCAUCGUGGGAUGUGAAUCUUCUGCAAAGCCAAACUAUUAAGAAACUAGAUGAAAGAACUGAAAUAUUCCAAUAUGUCUUCGAUGGACAAAUUUGGACGGACUUUUGUGUGCUAAGAUCAUGGCAAACCGAUCUGCCUCGAGGUGCUUGUGUUAUCGUGGAAACUUCAAUUGAUCACCCGAAGGCAAAAUCAGUAUUUGGUAGCGUGCGUGGAGUUGUCCUUGCCUCGAGAUACCUUAUCGAACCAUGUGGUAGUGGCCGAUCGAGAGUCAUGCAUUUGGCCAGGGUCGAUAUAAAAGGUAAAACUCCAGAGUGGUAUAAUAAGAGCUAUGGACACAUUUGCUCGCAUUACUUAUCAAAGAUUAAAUUGGCCUUUAGGCAUAUUUCUGAAGGUCCUGAAAGUAAAGUGUGAUUAUAGUAGUUUAAUUAAUUAAUUAAGUCUACAAAAAUGUUACAACUAAACAUCACUAAAGAAAACAAAAUACUACAAACAUAUGUAAUAGAAUUUAUGUAAAUUGUACAAUGCGUUUCAAAAUGACAAACUUAAGUCUCAAAAUGGCAUUUACUUUGGACUUUUGUCCUUCAAAUGAAAUAAAUUAAAAACAAAAAUAUGUAAUAAUAAUCCUAUUAAAUAAAA